AAAUCCUUCACUGUUUUCCCCAUUAUUACCGCGUUUUUUCCUUUACAGAUUUCCUAUAUUUCCACACCUACAAAAUCAUUCAAUUCAAACACAACUCUCACUCACACACACAACACACACCCUUUAAUUAUUUCACUUAAUUAUUCCAAAAUAUUCAUCAUAAUUCAUACAUCUUACAUAUAUGGCUGAAAAUAACGGCGAAGAAAAACUCUUAGCCGUGGCUCGACACAUAGCUAAAUCUUUAGGCCACACAGAUAACACCAUGGCUCAUGAUAUCCUCCAAAUUUUCUCAAACUUUGAUGGCAGAUUCAAAGAAAAACUUCAUUCUAGCCAUAUGAAUCCUGAUCAAACUUUUAACAUGUUACACCAACGUAUAUCCAAAUACUUGACCGUUGACCAACCCAUUUGGUCUAAUUACUCAAGUGAUGUUUCAUUGUUUUUAAACUCCAUCGACGAGUUGACCGUCUUUGUUCGUGAGAAUUCGGAUAGUUCGUGUAUUGAACGAGCCGAAAAUUUGUUACAACAAUGUAUGUUUCGGUUAGAAGACGAAUUCAAAACGUUGUUGGAACAAGGUGGUGGUGAUCAAGAAGAUCCCAACUCUGAUACCAUGGAAGAAAAUUUUGAUGAGUUUGAUGAUGUCCCGGUAGCGCGUCAGGUGACAGAUUAUGAUGUCAUCAUUGACGCGCUACCGUCCGGGACAAUUAAAGAUUUGCAUGAUAUCAUGAAACGUAUGGUGGGGUCGGGGUACGGAAAAGAGUGUUCUUUAGCUUAUAGUGAUUCGAGAAGGGAUUUUAUAAAUGAGAGCCUUUCGAGAUUAGGGGUAAUUGAUUCGGGGAAUUUAGUUAAUGAUGAUAAUAUUGUGGAAAUCGAGAAAUGGGCUAAAGCGAUAAAAAUGGCGGUCAAAGUGUUUUAUCCUAGUGAAAGACGGUUAUGUGACCGUGUGUUUGGUUACUCGCCUACAACAGCUGAAGCUGCUGAUAUGUCGUUUAUGGAUGUUUGUCGGGUGUCAGUAAUGGAGCUGUUGAAUUUCGCGAAUGGGAUCGCGAUGGGGAGUAGAGCGCCUGAUAGGCUGUUUAAGAUUUUGGAUGUGUAUGAAGUUGUGAAGGACUUGUUGCCCGAAUUCGAGGUGUUAUUUUCUGAUCAGUAUUGUUUGUUUUUGAGAAAUGAAGCUGUAAGUGUUUGGAAGAGAUUACGUGAAUCGAUUAAGGGUGUUUUUGUGGAAUUAGAGAAUUUAAUUCGUCGUGAUCCGGUUAAGUCGGCUGUACCUGGUGGUGGGCUUCAUCCGAUUACUCGUUAUGUGGUGAAUUAUCUUAGUGCUGCUUGUUCUAGACCGAUUCUUGAACAAGUUUUUGAUGACGAUUCAGACCGCUCUGUAGGGGUAGAGUCAUCAUCGUUAUCAACUCAAGUCGCGUGGAUUAUGGAAGUCUUGGAAGGAAAUUUGGAGUCGAAAUCCAAGGUUUAUAGAGACCCUGCAUUGUCAUCCGUGUUUAUGAUGAAUAACGGGCGAUACAUUGCUAAAAAGAUCAAAGAUGAUAAAAUGGGCUUGAUUUUAGGAGACGAUUGGAUCCGAAAACAGAAAUCAAAAGUGAGGCAACAUCAUGUCAAUUACCAAAGAAACUCAUGGCACAAAAUCCUCAACACUUUGAAACUUGACAAUAGUAACUUGCCCUCAAAUGUUGCUUCAAAAUCUUUAAAGGAUAAGCUUAAGCUCUUCAAUUCGCAAUUUGAAGACACUUGUAGAACUCAAUCCACUUGGGCAAUAUUUGAUGAGCAAUUGAGAGAGGAAUUGAAGAUUUCGGUUGCUGGAACUCUGCUUCCAGCUUACAGAAACUUUCUUGGAAGAUUUCAUAAUAUUCAAGAUAUUGGUAAAUAUGCAGAUAAACAUGUCAAGUUCACUAUAGAAGACGUUGAGGUUCGGAUUGAUCGUGACUUGUUUCAGGCAACAGCAAUUUCAGGGAGUAGCCGGAAGUGAAAUUUGAACUAGUGAAUGAAUGUCCAAGUGUAUUGUAGAUUGUAAUUGUACAAUGUAAUCAAGUUAGUUUAUGGAAGUUUUUGGCCAGUUGUAAUGGUUAAGUUAUAUAUGGUUUGGAUGGUUCUUGUGGAAACUUCCAAGUUUUAACCGGCACCAUAUAAACUGAAACCAAAAACAUGAAGUCGGAUUUUGGGUUCGAUUAUCUUGGUAUAUAUGAAUUCAUUUUAUGGGUU